UUCAUAUUUCUUGCACGUAAAGAUACUCUUUCGUCGAUUUCUGUUUUGAUUUUUGUUUUUUUUUUUCUUUUUAAUAUCGAAACCUAAAGGCGUCCAAGGUUUUCGCCGGAGAGGAAAACUAUGCAGGGUUUGGCGGCGACCACCAACUGUAGCUCUCGUUCUUUUUUCGUUCCCAGGAGCCAUAGUUCAACUCUAAAGAAGUAUGUGAAUCCAAGGGUGUCCUUCUCUCAAUUCGAUUCAUCCGCAAAGUUAAAAUUGUCAGCAAGCUCAAUUUCACAGAGAUGUCCCCUAGAGAUUGUUCCUCUUUCAGCAACUUCAUCUAUGGACUUUGCAGUAGAAGCACCAUCAUCAUCACACCAGCUCUUUGCUCAUGGCUUGCCACCAUUGGGUCGUGGUCUGAGAAGACAACGGAGACCUGUUGUAGAGCCUGCAAGAGCGGCUAAAGACGACUUCUUCAAAAUCAGACUGCCUAAAAUCGCAGAGAGGCCUGAGUGGUGGUGGAGGACGUUGGCUUGCGUCCCUUAUCUGAUAUCCCUCCAGAUAUCCGAUGUUGGUUUCUACGUACAGCCGUUUCUAGAGAGGCACGACGCCAUUGGAGACAUGAUUUACUUCAUCCCGGGAGCGAUCAACAGGUGGCCUUCCUGGUUCUUCAUGGCCUACUGCUACUUGGGUUACAUGUGGGUUGUGAAGAACAGAGAGCUGCCUCAUUUCUUGAGGUUUCACAUGAUGAUGGGUAUGCUUCUCGAAACAGCUCUUCAGAUCAUAUGGUGCACGAGCAACUUCUUCCCGCUGAUCCAUUUCAAAGGAAGGCUUGGGAUGUAUUACUGGAUGGCGAUAGGAUUCACCUACAUUUGUCUGCUUCUUGAAUGCAUACGGUGCUCUCUCGCUGGAAUUUAUGCUCAGAUCCCUUUCAUAACCGACGCUGCUGCCAUUCACACUCUCUUUAACCUGGGAGGCUUUUCUAGACCACUCAGGUGAAAUGUGUGAGAAACUGUGGUCCUCUGGGUGUUGUUGCAUACUUGAAAUAGGAUCAAAGUCUUAUUCUUUUUUUUUUCUCACAGAGAGAGGUUGUUGUGUCUUAUCAAGUCUCUUAGUCUUGUGUGAAGUCAUUUUAGCUUAGUGUCAGUGACUCAUGUGUAAAAUAGAACACAUUCUCUAUGAGAGUAGCUUGAAUCUUUGAUGUCAUAUAAAUCGGUGAUUCGAAAGUAUGCCUACUUUGGUUUAAUCUUAGAUUUUGAUUAGUGAAAAACAAAGAAAUUGAUUAAA